AUGGCUCCAUCUGCUGUAGCGGCUCCUCUGGUGGAUGCCGAUCCCGUCUUGCACAGUAAAAGUAACCCAAAGACGAUGAACACAGCUUCCGCGGGCGCGGGCGCGAGGCUCCACACCGCGCCCGUCAUCGAUCUCUAUUCCGGCAGCGCCGACAGCCUCAAUACCAGCUCGGCAGAUGAUCAGCUGCGACGAGAGAUCAUCUCGGGGCUACAAGCCAAGCAGCUCGUCAUUCCAGGCAAGCAAGGCGACUCGCAAGACCUCAAAUUUGCUUACCGAAAAACGUUACCCACCACCAUCCUGUACGACGAACAGGGUCUCAUCCUGUACGACAAGCUCACCGCAGCUCCCGAGUACUACCUCUACAAUGCAGAGUUACAGAUCCUCAAAGACCACGGCCCAGAGAUCGCGCUGAGGAUUUUUGGACACUCCACUGCGACUACCAAUGACCUGUCUGCUACCGCUGCAGCUCAUCUCGAAGGCCCGCAUCGCGAACAGAAAGAGGCUCCUAAACACGACAACCUGCCCCCUCAGAGGGACACAGCCGCGUCCACGAAGGAGAGGUGGGGCGACAGCGACGUCGGUAGAUUCAACGGAGGCGUCAACGCAGAAGAAGGUCUCGACGGCGAGCGAGCCGUCGGCGCAGGAUCUUUGGUCGAGCUCGGUGCAGGCUCGCUCAAGAAAACGAUUCAUCUUCUGCGUGCGCUCAAGCUUCUUCCAGCCACGUCGACAGGAGGACCGAGCGUACACUAUUAUGCUCUCGACCUCGACAAGGCUGAACUCGAGCGCACUUUGCGCGACCUGCGAAAGCAAGAAGCCACCGACGGUGAUGAAGAUGCUUGGACUAUUCAUGGAGGCAAGGUCGGCAUCAACGGACUGUGGGCAACCUAUGACGCCGGACUCGACUUUAUCGGAGAAGGUGGACUCAAGGCCGCCUCGACAGCGGCUGGCGCUCAGAAAGAAGGUCAGAGAUGCCUCCUCUGGCUCGGCUCGAGCAUCGGUAACUUUGAUCGAAAGGCGGCGGCCGAGUUCCUGGCGAAGACCGCACGCCAAAGUAUGCGUGCUGGCGACACGAUGCUCAUCUCCAUCGACCGCCGCAACAAGCCCGCCGAAGUGGCGCUGGCCUACAAUGACCCCGCUGGCCUUACGCGGGACUUCAUUAUGAACGGACUCAAUCACGCAGAUCGAGCGCUCGGAGGUAACGCCAUCGACGGUCGCAAGUUCGAGUACUUUGAUCGCUACAAUGCGCGUGAGGGGCGUCACGAGUCGUACUAUCGCGCCAAAGAGGCGCACGAGAUCCGAGUGCCGGGGCUCAAGGAACCUAUUCCAAUCCAGGAAGGCGAACUCAUCCACAUGGAAGCCAGCUACAAGUUCAGCGAGCGCGAGACGCUCAACCUCUUUGACUACGCGGGCCUUCGCGUUGUCCAACGCUGGAGCGACAAGUCGGAUCGGUACGACAUUUGGCUCGUAGAGAAGCCCUCCUUUCACUUUUCCAACUCGGCAGCAGCCAAUGAGGCAUUUAUCACGUCGCAGCAGCCUGCACCUCAGGGCACGAGCCAAAGCCACGAUUCCGCCAAGAUUGACGACGGCUGGGGAGGCAGCAAUCUGGAUGAGCUGGCCCAGAGGGCCGCUCCGGUCGGUCUGCCCAGCCUGCAGGACUGGAAGACACACUGGGACGCUUGGAAUUGCGUCACUCUGACCAUGAUCCCCAAAGAGAAGCUGCACGAGAAGCCCAUCGACCUGCGUCACAUUUGCUUGUUCUACCUCGGACACAUCCCGGCUUUCCUCGACAUCCACGUAGCGACGUACCUGAAGCAGCCGCACACCAACGACCGCUUCUCUGCCAUCUUUGAGCGCGGCAUCGACCCUCACAUGGACGACAUCACACAGUGCAACCCGCACAGCGAGGUGCCCACCAACGAAGAAGACUGGCCCACGCUGGACGAAAUUCUCACCUACCAGCAAGCCGUCCAGGCUCGAGUCGAGAAGAUAUAUGAAGACGUCGCUUCUGGAGACUUGGUCCUCGAUCGCAGACUCGCAAGGAUGCUGUGGAUGACGCUCGAGCACAUCAGCCUUCACCUCGAGACGCUUCUCUACAUGCUGAUGCAAUCUCCAAAUACGAAGCCACCGGUCGGAUUCACCCCACCCGAUUGGGCCUCGCUCUCCAAACGAUGGCAAGCCGAACACGAGAAGGUUGGCGGCCGACAAGCUCAGGAGCAGCGCUUCCAUUUCGAGGCCUCGUCCAUCUUGCUCGGCCACGACGACGACGACACUCAGGACUUCGACAUCGUGGCAACACGUCCGACCAGCGAUGUCCGUGAUCUGAAUCUACAGCUUGGUCAGCCCGAAUUUGGCUGGGACAACGAGCACCCCCGACGAAGGGUCGAGACGAAAGCAUUCUCGAUCUCGGCGCUGCCCAUCUCGAACGCCCAGUACCGUGACUUCCUCAAAGCCACCAACAGCACUGACAUCCCCUCCUCGUGGAUCAAGAGCGGCAGCGAAGGCGGCCACUCAGUGCGUACAUUCUAUGGCCCUGUCGACAUGGACGUGGCCCAACACUGGCCUGUUCAAGCUUCGGGCAAGCAGCUCGCAGCAUUCGCUGCCUGGAAGGGGGGUCGAUUGCCGUCGCACGCGGAGCUCCGCAUGCUCAUGGACGCGCCACCCGAGGCGUUGGUGCUCGACCUCACGGUGCCUCCUUUCCAUCAAGAUGCGGCGAAGUCAGAGUCGUCGGCGAACGACAUCGAUCCUCCAGGCAAGCAAGCCCCUCCGAUUCGCGGGUCGGCCGUCCGAUAUGUGCCGCGCGAUGAGCAGUCGCAGGAAGAUCUGAAGUGGAUGCAAGAAGCGCUCGCAAUGGCGCAGGAGGCGCUGGACGCCAACGAGGUGCCCGUCGGAGGUGUCUUCGUUCGCAAGGGUGAGGUGAUCGCUCGCGGACGCAACCGCACGAACGAGCUCCUCAAUGCGACUCGACAUGCCGAGCUGGAAGCGAUCGACCACAUUCUGUCCAUCAUGCCACCUUCCGACCCGAACUUUGCGGUCGCUCCUCAUUCUGGCCCAGAGGGAGACAACCCAUUCAAAGACACGACUCUUUAUGUCACCAUCGAGCCUUGUAUCAUGUGCGGUGCAGCACUGAGACAGAUCGGUAUCGGUCGUGUCGUUUUUGGCGCCGGCAACGAGCGUUUUGGAGGGAAUGGAAGCGUACUGGGCCUGCACGACGACGAUGCGAUUGUGAGCUCGCCCGGCUACGAGUCGGUGGGUGGCUACCUUCGCGACGAGGCGAUCAUGAUGCUGCGCCGCUUCUACGUAACGGAGAACACCAACGCCCCCAAGCCGCAGAACAAGUCUCGGCGCGUGCUCAAGACCGAGAUUCACCCGCCAGGAAUCUCGAUGCAUGGACCCGGCACCGUUAAUGAAGGCGAGCAGAACGCGCAGCCAUCGAGGCGCCGAAGCUCCGUGAACCCGACUCAGGGUCAGGCAGCACCCUCUGCCAACGUCGGCUUCCGCAACUGGCAUCCGGUGCCAGCUUCUUUGCCGCGAUACGACUCGGAUGGCACGCUGUUGCCUGGACACAAUGGCGGUGUGUGGGAGUGGACAAGCACUCCUUUCCUAGCGUACGAUGGAUUCCAGUCGUCGGCCCUGUACCCUGGCUACAGCUCGGACUUCUUUGACGGCAAGCACAGUGUGGUGGUCGGAGGCAGUUAUGCCACGUCGCCUUCAAUCGCUGGUCGACGUACGGUUGUCAACUACUACCAGACAGCCUAUCCUUACAUCUUUGGCGGAGGUCGCGUGGCCUGGGACAAGUGA